GGUCGUGGGGCUGCUACUCGACGCCCGCUCACGGCCAAUCGGCGCUGUGCGGGGGCGGGCGCUGCUCGGCCGUUGGAGGAGGAGGAGGAGGAGGAAAGAAAUUGGCAACGGCAGCCCUCCCCAGCCGCCCCUCCCCCCUCGCCGCGCUCGCGCUGAGGCGACUUGCGGAGGCCGCUGAGGCGGCGGCGAGCGGGGCUCCCGGAGGAGGGCGGCGGCGGCGGCGACCGACGACGACGACUGGAGCCGCGGACGGGUACUGAAAACUCAUCAGCAUGAUGGGGUCUGAAAACCCAAGCCCGCAGAACCCCAGCUGUAAAAUCAUGACGUUCCGUCCAACUCUAGAAGAAUUCCGGGACUUUGGAAAAUAUAUUGCUUACAUAGAAUCACAGGGUGCUCAUAGAGCUGGGCUUGCUAAGGUAAUUCCCCCCAAGGAGUGGAAGCCUCGCAGAAACUACGAUGACAUCGACAGCAUGGUGAUCCCGGCUCCCAUCCAACAGGUGGUGACAGGGCAGUCAGGGCUCUUCACCCAGUACAAUAUUCAGAAGAAGCCCAUGCUGGUUGGAGAUUAUCGCCGCUUAGCCAACAGUGAGAAGUACUGCACCCCACGUCACCAAGAUUUUGAUGACUUGGAACGCAAAUACUGGAAGAACCUGACUUUUAUGUCACCUAUUUAUGGGGCAGAUAUCAGCGGUUCUCUGUAUGAUGCAGAUGUGGAAGAGUGGAACAUUGGGAGCCUGAACACACUCCUAGACAUGGUGGAGCAUCAGUGUGGAAUCAUCAUAGAAGGCGUGAACACGCCCUACCUCUACUUUGGGAUGUGGAAGACCACAUUUGCUUGGCAUACAGAAGACAUGGAUCUUUACAGCAUCAACUACCUGCAUUUUGGAGAGCCCAAAUCCUGGUAUGCCAUCCCUCCAGAACAUGGCAAGCGUCUGGAAAGACUGGCAAAAGGAUUUUUCCCUGGGAGCUCUCAAGGUUGUGAUGCCUUCCUCCGUCACAAGAUGACUCUAAUUUCACCCUCAAUCUUGAAGAAAUACAGCAUUCCCUUUGACCGGAUCACCCAAGAAGCUGGGGAAUUCAUGAUUACUUUCCCUUAUGGCUACCAUGCAGGAUUCAACCAUGGGUUCAACUGUGCUGAGUCCACCAACUUUGCCACACUGCGAUGGAUUGACUAUGGGAAGAUGGCUACCCAGUGCACGUGCCGGAAAGACACGGUGAAGAUCUCCAUGGAUGUUUUUGUGCGGGUCCUCCAACCUGACCGGUAUGACCUGUGGAAGCAAGGGAAAGACAUCACUGCUUUGGACCACAUGAAACCAACAGCUAUAACCAGCCCAGAGCUGGAAGCCUGGAAUCAGACAAAGGACGCCUUGAAAGCAAAGAUGCUGCGCAGGGCAAACAGGAAGCGGAGCCAACCCCGGAGGCAUAAGACACAGGAUCAGAAGUCGCUCGGGGAUGUCAUGACAAUGGAGACUGCCUUGGGUGAAGGGAAAGAGAAGGAGGAGCAGAGGAGGGUCCCCAGCUUGGAUGAAGAAGAGAAAAGCAAAGAGGGAGACUGCAAGCCGAAGAUGCGCAUUCCAAAACUAAAAGGCGAGAGGAAGAAGAGGCAGCUGCAUCCUCACCCUGGGCCCCAGCCCCCACCGCUCCCCCUGCACCAGCUUCUGCCACCACUGCUCUUGCCCCAGCCUCCACUCCAAUCGCAGGAGGAAGGGCAGCCACAGAUCUCUCCAGCAGAACAGGGGCCUGAGCCCAAGCUGACCAAGCCCAGCUCUGUGGAAGAAAGCCCUCCUCCGAUGCCUGCCCUGGACAGCCUGUCCUCUGAAGCCCCCACCGAAGAGGAGGAGUCACAGCAGCGGCCCAUCAUCCCGAUGCUUUAUGUGGUUCCGCGGCACAACAAGAGCUCCUCGGAGAAGAAGCGCUUGUCCUGCCAGGAGGUUUUCGAACGCUUUGUUGCAAAAGAUGCAGGUUCCUCCUCGGAUCUUGGGGGGAAGGAUGAGGAGAAUGCUGACGGGGAGAGCACAGAGGUCUCUGCUGAACCCAGUAAACUGCAGACAUCUUCAACUUUUUCUAAACUGAAGAUGGAGAUUAAGAAAAGCCGGCGCCACCCCUUGGGCAAGCCACCAACACGUUCCCCCUUGUCAGUGGUGAAACAGGAAGCCUCGAGCGAUGAGGAAACCCUCCCAUUUUCCAGCGAGGAGGAUGUUGGUGAUCCAGAGCCCCUGAAGUCCUUGCUUUCCCUCCAGUGGAAAAACAAAGCACCCAACUUUGCCGCCGAGAGGAGAUUCAACGCUGCCGCUGCCCUGAGCGAGCCGUACUGCGCCAUCUGCACUCUCUUCUACCCCUACAGUCAGAUGGAAAAAGAUACAGCCUCUCUGCCUCCUGGGGAAGCUGCCUCAGCCCAGCCCCCUUUCAAAAGCGGGCAGAAGACCAAGCCACUGAUCCCAGAAAUGUGCUUCACCUCGAGUGGCGAAAACACAGAGCCCCUCCCUGCCAACUCUUACAUUGGGGAGGAUGGCACCAGCCUCUUGAUAUCGUGUGCCAAGUGCUGCCUGCAGGUUCAUGCCAGUUGCUAUGGGAUACAUCCUGACCUUGUGAGUGAUGGGUGGACCUGUUCCCGGUGUUCGGCCAAUGCACUUCUAGCGGACUGCUGUCUGUGUAAUCUCAGGGGAGGAGCCCUUCAAAAGACCACAGAUGGAAGGUGGGUCCACGUAAUCUGCGCGAUUGCAGUCCCAGAGGCCCGUUUCCUCAACGUCAUUGAACGUCACCCUGUAGACAUCACUGCCAUUCUGGAGCAGCGGUGGAAACUGAAAUGCGUGUACUGCCGGAAGCAGAUGAAGAAGGUGUCGGGGGCCUGCAUCCAGUGCUCCUAUGAGCAUUGCUCCACCUCGUUCCACGUGACCUGUGCCCGGGCAGCCGGGGUGCCCAUCGAGCCAGACGACUGGCCCUACAUCGUGUCCAUCACCUGCUUCAAGCACAAGGCGGCCAACCACACAAUCCUGUUUCCCAGGGAGAUAUCGCUGGGCCAGACGGUGAUCACAAAGAACCGGAACGGCCUCUAUUACCGGUGCAGAGUGAUUGGCAUGACGACACAGGUGUUCUAUGAGGUCAAUUUUGAGGAUGGGUCUUACAGCGACAACAUAUAUCCAGAGGACGUUGCCAGCAGGGACUGCCUCAAGAUGGGACCGCCUGCAGAGGGUGAGCUGGUCCAGCUGCACCUGACUGAUGGCAACACAUACCAGGCCAAGUUCAUCACUGCACACAUCAGCCAGAUCUUUCAGGUAGAGUUUGAAGAUGAAUCUCAGCUGAUGGUCAAGCGAGGUGAAAUCUACACCCUUGAGGAAGAGCUCCCCAAAAGAGUAAAAUCACGCCUGUCCCUCAGCACUGGGGCUCCUCAGGAAGAGGCAUUUUCUGGAGAUGACUUGAAAGCCGCCAAGCGCCCCCGGGUGGGCAUCACCAAAAGCCCCGAAGACAGCGGUCCCAGCUCCGACUACUUUGCCAUCAUGGAGACAUUGCUGCAGCCCCCGCAGCAGCCCGGGGGGCCGAGCAAUACCAUGUUCUAAACAGGAUGAACAAUGAUUUAAUUUAAGCAACAACAACAAAAAGCGACUCUUUAAAACAUCUUUUCUCGCAUCCUUGCAGAAAGUAAUUUAAGUAGAAAACUGUGGAGCAAGAGACCUAGCCUUUGUGCAAUAACUUUGCAAAUGAAUUCCUUUCUUCUGUUCUUGGUUUGGACUCCAGAGAAGUUUGUCUUGCUCUGGCUACCUCUGUUUUUCCUGCUGUUGGAUUUUUGAGUGGAUGAAAUCUUCAGGGUGGGGCACAACCCUUCUCCAUAAAAACAUUGGAAGAAAUAUGUGCAGAUGGACCUGUGACUGAACUUUCCAUCUCUUGUUAGUAUGUUUUACUUGGUAAAAGCUUUGAGAAGUGUUCGAAACCUACAAAAUAACUCCAGUUUUUUGAAAUCUCAGCCAUUUUUCUCUCUCCUUGCACUUUCUCCCUCUAAGAUUUCUUUCCUUUCACUUUUUGAACAAGGUGCUAUUUCCCUGACUACUGAAGCAGCCUUCUUUGGAAUUCGCAAUUUGUGUAUGUAUAUAUUAUAUAUACAUAUAUAUAUUAAAAAUUGCCUUUGACAUUUUCUAUAAAAAAAAAGAAAAACUUUUUUUUUAACAAGCAGGAACAAAAUGAAAAAGUGGUUUCCACUUUUUCCCCCUGGAAAAUGGCUUUAAAAUUAACAAAAUGCCCAUUCUGGUGCUGUAAGUACAGCAGGACAGAGCAACUUGUAACCCUUCAGAUAUUUUUGGACUCCGAACUUCCCUUUGCCCCAUCCGACAUGGCCCAGUGGCUGGGGAGUUGUAAGCCAGCAACAUCCGGAGGGUGCUUGGUUGCCCAUCCCCACGCUAAUUUAAAAGAAGAGAGAGUUAUGGCCAUCUUGGGAAAGCAGGUUUUUUUGAAAUACCUCUUUUCGGGGAGAGAAUAUUGCGAGAAUGUUUGUGUCAAAACAAGAAAGUUUCUCUUCAGUCAAAAUGUUUUGUAAUAAAUGAUACCAUCACAAGUUA